ACAGCAGAAAGCAUUGUUGUAAAUUGAGUUUUUUCCGCUCUGCUGACGAACCACUGCCAGCUGUCAAUAUUAACAGCGAGCCUCCUGCCUUCUGGUUCAUAUUUUACCUACUGUCUUGUUUCUCUCAGGCAGUAUGGGUCGUGGCUACAUAGUAGAAGAUGCUGUGGAGGGAUAUGUGUCUAAACUAUGUGAGCAACAAGUAGGUCCAGUCACAGGCCUGCUUAUUGGACAGAGCUCAACCCAAAGGGAUUUUGUUGUCAUGGCAACUCGGACACCCCAAAAGGAGGAGUCUACUGCGGCAGCUGGAAACGCUCUGGACAAGGAGUGGGUGACUGAGCAUGCUCGACAGGUGUCUCGGAUGCUGCCUGGAGGCUUGUCUGUAUUGGGAGUCUUCAUCAUUACUGAUACUGAUGCAAAGGACACACUAACCACACUCCGCCAGCUGGUUUUUGCAGUGGAGAACCUGAUCUCCUCGGAGCAUCUGUGGAACCCUGCAGAUGAUGACGUCACAGACUGUGUCACGCUGCACGUCAACCCCAAAACCAGAAAAACAGUCUGCAGAACCUUUGACGUCAAAGAUCCCAAGAGUAUGGCCAAGCCUGCAGACUGGAAGUACCAGUCAGGAGUGUGUUCCUCCUGGAGCAUGGUGUCAUGUUGUUUAAAUGUGGACAUGUUGGUACCACUACCAGACAACAGAACCAGUACAGAAAAUAUGGAUAAAUGUCUUAAGCUGCUGAAAAGGGAUGUGGUUUCUACGGUGGCCACAAGGGUUCAGAUGCUGCUGGAGGAGCUGCUGAUAUCAGAAGAGGAGAAGGGCAGCACCAGAGACAAACAACAGACAGAGAAAUUGUGUCUCCCACGUCGUAUCUUCUGUCCAGUAAAAGUGAGCGGGCCAGUGUGUGUGUGUGACUACCAGUUCAGUGACGAGGACCAGUCUGAGGUGACUGACAGGUUGAAGGAGAUGCUGGACAUUGACGCAGCCGAGGAAGCUUUGGAUACCAGGCAGGAACUGCCUGCUGAAAUCCUAGAGAGAGAUGUUGCAGCAGAGCCCACUGAGGAAACUAUUAAAGCACCGGAGCCCAAGAGGAAUAACUACAUUGGUGUUGCCAUGGCUUCUGCUGUUGCCCUACUUGCCACUGCUGCCUCCAUGCUCUAUCUGAGUGACGUUUAAUACACAUAUAUGCACACACCAAAUAAAGUGUUUGUUUGUUAACAUUUCUA